CAAACUCCACCGGUUCAUGAAUGCUUUGAAAGGGGAUGAUGGAGGCAAAAUCGUUUUGUAUUUUUUUUCGGGGACGGAGAAAGUAUCAAUCGGCCUCACGGCUCCGUUCUCCUUCUACGUUGAAGACAAGCUCUCCCUCUCUCUCGCUCUCUCUCUCUCUCUCUCUCUCUCUCUCUCUGCGUGAGUUCUUCGUUAACCUCGAAUUGGAAACCCUAGCAACUCAUUUCCGGCAAUGGCGAUGGCUGCAUCUCUCGCUCCAAUCUUCUUCGCUUCAUUAUACUGCACCGGCACCGGCCCCCACGUCGCCCGCCUCCAUCGCUUCUACUCCUCCACUGCCGUUAACCGUCCACGCCGGAGUUGCGCCACGCUCUCGUCUCGCCUCGACUCGUUCACGCCAGACGACGGAGACCUCCAGGACGAGCUCCAGCACGGCUUCUUGCCGCAGCGCCGGGACGGACUGCCGGUGUUCGUGACGCUGCCGGCGGACGCCGUCUCGCCGGCGGGGAAGCUGCGGAGGCGGAAGGCGAUGGCGCAAUCGUUCCGGGCGCUGGUUGCCGCCGGAGUUGAGGGCGUGGUGAUGGAGGUGUGGUGGGGGAUGGUGGAGAAGGACGCGCCUAGGGUUUACGAUUGGAGACCAUAUCAGGAGAUAGUGGCCUUAGCGAGCAUGUUAGGACUGAAGGUUCGAGCUGUAAUGGCGUUUCAUCAGGGCGGCUCUGGACCUGAAGAUCCUCACUGGAUUCCUCUUCCUUGUUGGGUGCGUGAAGAGAUGGAUAAAGAUCCAGAUUUAGCACAUUCUGACAGAUUUGGAAGAAGGAACUUUGAAUACAUUUCGAUAGGAUGUGACCUCUUGCCUGUUUUGCGGGGACGAUCGCCACUUCUAGCAUAUGCAGAUUUCAUGAGGAGUUUUAGAGACACUUUUAAACCUUCUCUUGGUGUUGUGAUAACAGGGAUUCAAGUUGGGAUGGGCCCUGCUGGUGAAUUAAGAUAUCCUUCACACCCUUUUCAGAAGCUGGCAUGGGCUUGGCACCCUCAUGAACUUGGAGAGUUCCAGUGCUAUGAUAAGUAUAUGCUUGCAUCACUGAAUGCUUGUUCCAGUGAAAUUGAAAGGUGUGAAUGGGGAAACGGAGGUACUGUUGGUGCUGGCAACUUGAUGCACAAUCCCAAAGAAACUGAAUUUUCCAGAAGUGACAGUUAUUGGAGUACACCAUACAGUAAGUUUUUUCUUGAAUGGUACUCACGAAUGCUAAUUCUUCAUGGAGAGAGGUUAUGCAAGGAAGCGGAUACCAUCUUCUGGGGUACUGAAGUUAAUUUAUCAGCGAAAGUUGCCAGGGUACACUGGCAUUAUGGUAAAAAAUCUCAUCCAUCCGAGUUGACCGCUGGUUAUUACAAUACAUCAACUAGAGAUGGAUACCUUCCAAUUGCCCGAAUGUUUGGUAGGUAUGGGUUUACAUUGUGCUGUACGGGCUUUGACAAGCAAGAUGCAGAAGACAAACAAACAAACCCACUUGGCAGCCCAGAAGGUUUCCUUAAACAGCUUCUUCUGGCUGCCAGGAUUUGUGAGAUACCCCUGGAAGGUGAAAAUUCUCCAGGUUAUCUUGAUGAUGAAUCGUUUCAUCGGGUGCUGAAGGUGUCAAAGUUCUACUCAAAUGGUCUAGAAAGGCCAUCCUUUUCAUUCAACUUCGUGAGGAUGGACAAAAACCUUUUCCAGUACAACCACUGGAUUCGUUUUACUCGUUUCGUGAGGCAGAUGUCUGAUGCCAGUUUUGUUCGAGCCACUGUUGCCUUUGGUGGUGAUUCAUGCAUGUCCUAUGCAUCUGGCGCUUCAAAAAUUGGAAUCGCAUUUGCAUGUCACUGAAGAAGCAAUCUUAUCUGCGCUAUCAGAAGCCAGUUUUGUAUCAGCACUGCCCUCUGUUGUUGUGUAUCAGUGCCUGAUUUGGCGGCUUCUACUCUGCUGUUGUGCAAUGUGUAGUCAUCACCUUUUUAUUGUUUUUCAUUUUCCCUUCUUGUUUGAUGGGAAAAUUUUCUUUGCUGUAAUGCCUUCCCCAUAUUUUGAAAGUGGUUGGCUUUGAAUCAACAUUUGCAUCUUUCUAAUGAUGAUGGAAUAAUUUCAUCACUAAACUUACCAUACAUGCAUAGAAAUGGAAUAAAAUUGAAGGAAAUGAAAUGAAAUUCAUUA